GUUACGUACACCACUAACAAAAAAGGUGAGCAUAGUAAAUGUUAAAAAAGAGCAAGCAACAGCAGGCGCGCUGGUGGCGAAUUGUUUAUUAAAUACUUCAAAUUAACAUUGAAAACCCAAGUUGAAAAACAAAGCACAGACGCACACACGCACACACCUUUAUACACAGCAUACACAUGGAGAGGACAGCAAUUGGCGGCUCGGCAGUGCAGGUGAUCAAUGCAUCUGAGGAGCACACAUUUGUGCUUAACGAGGAUGCGCUUAGUGAGGUGCUAAUGCGGGAUGAGGUCAAGGAUCGCUACGUAUGCGUUGUGUCCGUAGCAGGUGCAUUCCGCAAGGGCAAAAGCUUUCUGCUCGACUUCUUUCUUCGCUACAUGUACUCAAAGUAUGUGCGACACGAUGUCACGGACUGGUUGGGCGAUGAGUCGGAACCACUGUCGGGUUUCUCAUGGCGCGGCGGAUCGGAGCGCGAUACAACCGGCAUACUAAUGUGGUCCGAUAUAUUCCUGCACGAUUAUCCCAAUGGCGACAAGAUUGCUAUUAUUUUGCUGGAUACACAGGGUGCCUUCGAUAGCCAGAGUACCGUACGCGACUGUGCGACAGUGUUUGCGCUAAGCACGAUGCUUUCCUCGGUGCAGAUAUAUAAUCUCUCACAGAACAUCCAGGAAGACGACUUGCAGCACCUGCAGCUGUUCACCGAAUACGGCCGCCUGGCGCUGGCCGACACCGGCAAGAAGCCAUUCCAGCGUUUGCAGUUUUUGGUGCGUGACUGGAGUUUCCCAUACGAGGCAGAGUACGGUGCUUUGGGGGGAGACAAGAUACUUAAGCGACGGCUCGAGGUCUCCGACAAACAACACCCGGAACUGCAGUCAUUGCGUCGACACAUUUCAUCUUGCUUCACUGAGGUGGCCUGUUUCCUGAUGCCACAUCCUGGUCUCAAUGUUGCCACAAAUCCACAGUUCGAUGGCCGUCUUAAGGAUAUUACGCCCGAGUUCAAGAACAGCCUACGAACGCUGGUUCCUAUGCUGUUGGCACCUGACAAUUUGGUCUACAAGGAGAUAAGUGGGCAGCGCGUUAGAGCUCGUGAUCUUAUUCAGUACUUUCAAUCGUACAUGAGCAUCUAUAAGGGCAACGAACUGCCUGAGCCGAAGAGCAUGCUGGUGGCCACAGCCGAAGCGAAUCACUUGACUGCUGUCGCGGCCGCCAAGGAAUUGUACAAUCAGCUCAUGGAGGAAGUGUGUGGCGGCACGCGGCCUUACCUAAGCACUGCACACCUGGAAACGGAACAUUUGCGCGUCAAGGACAAGGCUCUAUUUCAAUUUGCCACAAAACGUAAAAUGGGGGGCGAGGAGUUCACGGAGAAGUUCCGCCUCCAAUUGGAUUCUGAUCUGGAGGAGGUCUUUGUCAACUAUCGAGCACACAAUGAAAGCAAAAACAUAUUCAAGGCGGCACGUACGCCGGCCGUGUACUUUGCCUGCGCAGUCAUCAUGUAUAUAGUCAGCGGCAUCUUUGGACUGGUAGGACUCUAUACAUUUGCUAACUUCUGCAAUCUUGUCAUGGGUGUAGCGUUGUUAACGCUGGCACUCUGGGCGUACAUUAGAUAUAGCGGUGAGUUGAGCGACUUUGGUGGCAAGCUGGACGAAUUUGCAACACUCAUGUGGGAGAAUUUUAUGCGUCCAAUCUAUCAAGGUUGCAUGGAGAAGGGCAUUCAACAUGUGGCUACGCAUGCGGCUGAGGCGGCCAUUGGCGGUGGUGGCAAUGCUAGCGGCAGCCGUUCGCCAGCCAAUGCGGUCAAUGGCAAGGUAAAGCGCUCAUGAGAAUACGCCCAAGUCGCACAAAGCAAAACGCAGCCGCCUCCCGGGACACACCAGCCACAAACGACUAACAACAAUAACAACAACAAAGUUGCAUGCAAAUCAAGCAAGAGAAUCAAUUAUAACUUGUUGAACAGCAUUUGGGGCAAGUUAAACGAAGUACCAACUCAGCCCCAGACAUCGACCAGCUGCUCCGUCUCCAACUCAUUAACAGCCGCUUCAAACAGUCGCAAAAAGCGUAAAUCAAAGCGCAAUUAAUGAAGUCCCUGUCCGUUGGCCGCGUUUAUAAACUUUUGAAAUGUCGUCGUUUAAUUUGUAUAAAUUUAAGCCCUAAAUGGUUAGAAACAAAAAUCUAGUAAUUAAUUGCCCUAAAAGGAAUAUUGUUUUUUUAUAUUGCAUACACUAAUUUUAUAGCUCAGUGCAGCGCGAAGUAAUAUAUAACUAUAUAUAAUAUACUUAUUAAGUGGCUCGUAUUUGUUGAAAAUCAAAUUUUAAAUUGUUUUUUAUAUGCAUAUUUAUAUGUACCUCUACUGAAAAAGAAAUCAUUAGACCCGAUUUUUAACGCUGUAAUAUAAAGAAAUUGCUAACGAA